AUGGAGGGAACUAUGCCAGCAAAUGAGUAUGUGCGGCAUUUUGAGAACGCGGUCGUCCUUCUCACUGGUGCAACUGGCAGCCUGGGUGGCUGCCUGCUCUAUAAGCUGGCACUACGUCUGCCGACAAAGAAGAUCUAUGCCCUGUGCCGAGGCUCUGUUGGUGAGUCGGUUCGCAAGUGGGAGUCUACCAUGCCGCAGCAGAUCGACGAAAUUCUCGACACUGGCAAGGUUGAGUUGAUCACCGGCGAUCUGUCGAAGCCCGGCUUGGGCUUGAAUCCAGCCAUUCGCGAGGAGAUGCGCGAGGAGGUUACUGCAGUGAUCAAUACGGCCGCGAACAUCUCUCUUGUCGAGGAGCUGAAAGACUCAGUGCGAGACAACUGCCAGACUGCAAUUGCACUGUUCCAGGAGGUGUCUGAAUUCCGCCAUGUCAGGCACUUCAUCCAAUUCUCAAGCCUUGCCGUCAAUGCAUUUCUCACCGGAGGUCUCAUCGAGGAGCGGCUCUAUUCCCCACCACGCACUGUGGACGAGGAGGAUGAUCGUUUAGGUCUACCAGGCGCAGAUUCCUCUAAACUGCAGUACGAUGACCGGUACCCCUGGCCAUAUGUACAGGCUAAGCAUAUGCUGGAACGCUUGCUCCUGCGCCAAUCCAGCUCUAUCUCCAUUCUCAUUAUCCGGCCCGCAGCAAUCGGACCAGCCAUUGCGGAGCCUUUCCCCUUGUACGGCCCCGACAAGGCGAUCCCAAUGCACUCGCUCAUCCUCUGUUUCAGUGUGUCCGAUCUAGGCCGCGUAGCAAAUAUCAAUCGUCCAUUCGAAGAAGUCCCUGUCGACCUCGUCGCUAACUGCUGCCUCCUCCACCUUGCUUCUGGGACCACGGGAGUUGUGCACUGCGCGUCUGAGCUAUACGUCCGCCAGACCGCUGUAGAGCUGAUGGCCACCGCGAGGCAGUGCAUUACUCCGCUGGAGAUAGCAGAGCUCUUCCGCACGCCGCGAGCUUCGACUGCAAUAUUGUGGCAAAAUAAGUAUCGCUUGGACAAUAUUGACGAUGUACCCGUUUUCGAGGUCGAUUGCAGCCGAUCAGAGUGGCAGAAGCAGGUUACUGGGCCUCUCGCCUUGCGCCCCGUGGACCAUGAUCCACAGGCGCACCUGCAGCGACGGAUCAGACGGAUGUAUCGGGCUUUGCUGGGCCGGAACCGGAGUGAUAAUCGUUAUCCAUAG